AUGCUGGGACUGAACCACACCCCCGUGUCCGAGUUCAUCCUCAUCGGCUUCUCCGCCUUCCCGCCUCACCUCCUGCCCAUCUUCUUCCUGCUCUUCCUGCUCAUGUACCUGUUCACGCUGCUGGGCAACCUGCUGAUCACGGCCACUGUGUGGAGCAAGCGCGGCCUGCACACGCCCAUGUACCUCUUCCUGUGCGCCCUGUCCAUCUCCGAGGUGCUGUACACGGUCGCCAUCACCCCCCGCAUGCUGGCCGCCCGCCACGCCAUCUCCCUGCGGGCCUGCGCCUCCCAGAUGUUCUUCUCCUUCACCUUCGGCUUCACGCACUCCUUCCUGCUCACGGCCAUGGGCUACGACCACUAUGUGGCCAUCUGCCACCCGCUGUGCUACCCUGUGCUCAUGGGCACCUGGGGCUGUGCCCACCUGGUGGCCUUGUCCUGGGUGGGUGGCAUUAUCAUAGGGCUGGUGGUGACGGCCGCCAUCUUCCACCUCACCUUCUGUGGCCCCAACUGGAUCCAGUAUUUCUUGUGUCAUAUUCCACCUCUCCUGAAGCUGGCCUGUCACCAAAGACAAUUUAAAAUUUGUGUCCAGUGUUGUCCCAUGAAGAACGUGUGA